AUGCCAUAGACAGAUAUAGGGGAGUGGAGGGUUGCAGUUUGAGGUUUUUCCCAAAGAAGGGAGUGUGACUCGUGGGGAUAUAUCAUCUAAUCUGUUUUAAUGGCGUGUUCAAAAUGUCCUUUAAUGCGCCAGGCCUCCCUCAAAAAAUAUAGGAACCUGAAAGUAUUGCCCGUAGGUAAAUGUUACCACGCUACCUUCAUCCAUGAUCAUUCGUUACGUUGCAAGGCCUGGGUUCAUACAGCCACCACAGAACUUACCAAAGAGGGAUUCAGAUGUUUCGACCUCGCUCGUGAUAGUAUUCCAAAGCUUUCAGCCCAAAAACAGAAAAUCGAGGCGUUUAAACGAUCAAAGACAGUGAUAGUCCUGCUCACGGAAAAAUGUUUAAAAAAUCGAACAUUCCAACGGGAUCUGGACAUGCUCACGGCCGACAAUAUAUUAAACAAUGAUGGGAAUUUGCAUGAGAAAAUUUUACCGCUCUGGUUGGAUAUUGUUAAACUCCCCGACUCAUUAUCAUAUGUGCAGCCACUGGAUGCCAGCUCAUCACGUGACAUCUGGUGGGAUAGACUUGUUUGCGCCAUUGAUUUUGAUAGGGUAGAUAACAUUACCUCUGAUGCAGACGAUGACCUACUUAUCAAUCCUGUUUGUGAAGAAAUUGAACAGAUGGCAAAUAAACUGAGACUUCUUGGCAGCCGGCAAAUUUCAAGUCUGCUGCUCAGACCUGUAUUUCUGGAGUUGUAUCACUUUCUGGCUCAAUGCGCCGACGAACGCGUUCUUCUGGCUGUGAUGGAAUCAAACGGAGUGUACAUUGUAGACAGAGGCAAAUAUCCAGUGGGGCUUAGGUGUGCCUUGGAGUCCUGUGACCAAGAUAUGGACAAUGACCAACUUAGAUACAUGUAUAAGCGCGAUGCGCCGAGCGGAGCUUGGAUGCAUCUCGACACAAGUUUCGGCAAGUGGAAAAGAAUUGAAAUAAACAUGUGCAUGCUGUGGAACCUUCCAGACAACUGUUACACGGAAACCAUUUUUGUGAAAAUACCUCAGGUGCGAGAUAUGGUAUUUGUUGUACACGCAGACUUCAAACAACAAAUUGUAUCGGAUCCCCAGACGUGUGAACAAUGCCGCUAUUCCCGAGGUGAAUCACAGUACAUUGAAUACAAAGAGGAGGAGUGCCUAACUCUUAUCCUCGAGAAGAGAGUUGGGAAGCAUGCCUAUGCAUACUACUUUGUACCUUUCUGUGGACCUGACAAAGACGCCUUGGAUGACGCCAAAGUGAUGUUAAAUCUGUGACGUACAUUACAUAUUAAAUUCUGUAAAACAAAGCCCUGUGAUCGCUUCCUCAAGACUCGCCACUUACUCUGCUUCAAUUUUAAUUGAGUUUAUUUGCACAACAAAAGGACUGCCAUUUUGUAUGUGUGCGUGAGAUUAAUGGUAGCCCUUCCAAACGCACUUUUCUUGGUUGCUUGGCUUAUUCUUGUAGUUGGAAAGAGAGAAAGAUACUCUUUCAUACCCAAGUGUAUAGGAUAGGGAAAUUCCAUCAGAGGGUUUUGCCAAAUUUGAAAAUUCCGAUGGUGGAAUUUCCUUAUCCUAAGCCCCUGGACAUGAAAGAGUCCUAUAAUUUUAUAUAGCAUAGUGAUCUGUGAUCACUUUAUCGAAGAACGUAUCUUACGGAGUUUUGAUUUGAAUCAAACAAACUUUUGUUUUUGCACAAGACAAGUACUGUCAUUUUGUUUUUAAAUGCCAUUUCAGACAAUGAUACGAAAGUGAAUUUGUACAAAGGAAGAUGAGUAUGUGUUUUAUUUUAGAUACGAACAAUGGAUAAGAGAAAUAAUAUCGAAGAUCUGUUUUGGUUGUUGGCUUUCAGUAUCGCAAUUGUUUAUUGCAAAGGUUCCUUCAAGUGUUCAGGAAUUUUAAAAGUUCAUAGAACGGAGCAUUGCUAACCCAGUCAUAUUCGUGUACAUAACACUUGUUUGAAAGUUAAUUGGUGGACUGACCAAGUGGCGGCUGAAUACUGGAACAAUCGGAUAAGUAGUAGCGGAAUAUUAGCUCAGCGAAACUGUAACUUUACUAGAUUGAUAUAAGGUCAUAUAUACAGCGCGUGAUAAUGGUACACAUUUUAUACCUUUGGUUGCUUGUUGUUCCAGUAAAUACGUAGUUUUUCUUCAUUUCACUGAUACAAAAAUACUUUCUUAAUGUUCAUAAGUAAUGAACAUAUUAACAAAGUUCACAUCAACAUAAAAAAACAAAAUAUGUUUCCAAAGGCGAAUAGCUCAUGUAAGAUUUUCAACAUCAUUUUUUUUUAUUAGUAAAAAAUGUAUUUCAGAACUAUUUUGAUUACAAAU